GACAUAUCAACAUCCGGGGCCGCCAAGCCGUCCGCCUACGGAAGCCCGGACGCGGUUGGCGUUCUCGCGGUUGGGGGGAGAGGAGAAAUCGAACUUGGUGGCCUCUGGGGAGCGGACUUCGGAAGACCCCGCCUCGGACCAGGCCUUUACGCGCGGAAGUGGCGGCCCCGAGAGCCGGGGAAGUCCACUUUCCAGAUCAGGGACCCGUAACCAAAAACCCACAUCGCUUCCUGGCUCCUCCGCUGCGGCGUGGGUCGACCCUCAGCUCUACGUCUGCGUUGCCGGCACCGGCGGGCACUGCAGCCUCACAGACCCUGGAUCCAGGUCCUCCUGUGAGAGGGGAGACAUCUCCCACCCCAGUUCGUGUGGCCUUUCCGAGGAAGGGCCCCUAACCCGUGUGGGAUCCGUGGAGCUCAAGAUUUUUUGCCUUUGGAGACAGAAGUGACCCUGGGGAAAGGGUAGAAGGCACCACAGCGACCUGGUAACUCCGUGCACAGACCAAGACUGGUCAAAGGAAUGGAUUUUACAGAGGCUUACUCUGACACAUGCUCCACAGUUGGACUUGCUGCCAGGGAAGGCAAUGUUAAAGUCUUAAGAAGACUGCUCAGAAAAAAACAUAGCGUUGAUGUUGCUGAUAACAGAGGAUGGAUGCCAAUUCAUGAAGCAGCUUAUCACAACUCUGUAGAAUGUUUACGGAUGUUAAUUCAUGCAGACCCAUCUGAAACCUACAUGGCGAAAAGGACGUUUGAAGGCUUUUGUGCAUUACAUCUUGCUGCAAGUCAAGGACAUUGGAAGAUUGCACACAUUCUUUUAGAAGCUGGGGCAGAUCCUAAUGCAACUACUUUAGAGAAAACCAUGCCACUGUUUUUAGCUGUUGAAAAUGGACAUAUAGAUGUGUUAAGACUGUUGCUUCAAUAUGGAGCAAAAGUUAAUGGAUCCCAUUCUAUGUGUGGAUGGAAUGCUUUGCAUCAGGCUACUUUUCAGGAUAAUGCUGAGAUCAUAAAAUUGCUCCUUAAGGAAGGAGCAAACAAGGAGUUUGAGGAUGACUUUGGAAUCACACCUUUAUUUGUGGCUGCUCAGUAUGGCAAGCUAGAAAGCUUGAGAAUACUUAUUUCAUCAGGUGCAAAUGUCAAUUGUCAAGCAUCGGACCAAGCUACUCCCUUAUUCAUCGCUGCUCAGGAGGGCCACACAAAAUGUGUCGAGCUUUUGCUGUCCAGUGGGGCAGAUCCUGAUCUUUACUGUAAUGAGGAUGACUGGCAGUUACCUAUUCAUGCAGCUGCACAAAUGGGCCAUACAGAAAUCUUGGAAUUGUUAAUACCACAUACCAGCCGGGUUUGUGACACUGGGCCAGACAAGGUGAGCCCCGUUUACUCCGCCGUGUUCGGGGGGCACGAAGCGUGCCUAGAAAUGUUACUGCAGCAUCACUACAGCCCAGACGCCCAGAAGUGCCUCUUCUUUGGGUUCAACUCUCCCAUGUGUAUGGCUUUCCAAAAGGACUGCGAGGUUUUGGGAAUUGUGAAUAUUCUUUUAAAAUAUGGAGCCCAGCUUAAUGAACUUCAUUUGGCGUAUUGCCUGAAGUAUGAGAAAUUUUUAAUAUUUCGCAACUUUUUGAAGAAAGGUUGUCCCUUGGCACCAUGGAACCAUAUUUCUGAAUUUAUAACUCAUGCACUGAAUGCACAGACAACUUAUAAGAAAUGGCUGCCAUCUCUCCUACUUGCUGGCUUUGACGCACGGAAGCUACUCUGCAGUUCAUGGAUUAACUCAGUCAGUGAUGAAAUCCUCAUCUUCACUUUGGAGUUUACCAAUUGGAGGACACUUCCUCGAGCUGUUGUAAAGAUGAUCUCCACUCGUGCCCCAAACUCUUCUUUGGCUCUGCAGCAACACGUUGCCUCUUUUCCAUCCCUUACUCACCUUUGUCGUUUGAAAAUUCGGUCCAGUCUCAAACCAAAACACCUACAGUCUGACAGUUUUAUUCGUCAGUUUCUAAUUCCCAGAAGUCUACAUAAUUAUUUGCUCUAUGAAGAUGUUAUGAGGAAGAAUGCCAUUCCAGAACUGACAGCUAUUGAAGAUGGAAAAAUCAACAAAGCUACUUAAUGCAGCUCCUGUCUUACUCUGAAAACUACCAAAACAAAGAGCCAUGCAGUACAAAUUCUUCAUGAUUUCAUAGUCAUAAAAGAUGGUUUUUGUUUGUGUGGUUGGUUAGCUUUUGGAGGGACAGUAGUACAAUGUAAAUGUUUACAACGGGGCUUUCUGGUAAAAAAAAAAAUACUGUAAAUCUCACUAAUGUUACCUUAUUGCAGAUUCACCAGCACAUUUUAUGUAGUAAAUUCAUAUAUGUAACUGUUUUCCACUUUGUUCUGUUAAUGAACUAUGAUGCUGCUUCUAGUGCUGAACAUGGCAUUAUUUCCACUUAUGAUUCUGUGUUUACCUUGGGCUAGGAGCUUAGAAUGGUUUGCAUAAAACUUUCCUGGAAGUGUACACAUAAUGGUGUUGAAACUAUUAUUGUUUUAUUGACUGCUGACUAUCUCAUAAGUAUGUUCAUUCUCAUCUCUUAAUUCGAUCAGUUUUAUGAAGAAUUGCUGUUCAUUGGCUUUUCACUGAUAAACUCAGGGGAGAAUUUUUAAAAGAAUAUAGAAAAUUAAUAAUUGUUUUGCCCUCCCAGUUCCUUGAUACUCUCUUUGGUUAAAAGAAACUCCCAUUUCUGCAAUGGCAAAAACAGAUGUAACUCAAGGAUAGGCUCAGUUGAGAAAAAUCAGGUCAGUAUUGAAAUUAAUGAGCAUUUAACCACCUUUAGAAUACUCCUCAGGAGGCUGAGAGGGCAUUUCUGUGGCACCAUCUUUACAGAAAGAAAGCUGCGUAUUUCUGAGUCACACAGUACCAAAUAAAACACAUAAGCUCCAUUCACCCUCUAAAUCAGAGGGCAGCUUUGAUCCUAUGAAGCAAUGACUGCCAGUUAUAUUAAUAUUAUAGUGUCUUUUCUUUUUAUUAUCUAGAUAGGUUAUCAAAUAGUCUUUUAUCCUAUGAAAUUUAGGCCUCAGAAUCCUAGAGUAAUCAGACACCACCUCACUGGUUUUACAGUUGUUCAUUAUGAAUCUAUAGUCAAAGAAGACUAAACACUGGAUUGGGUUAACUAUGGUAAGAUGCUGUUGUCAGGACCAACCUUGAAAGAAAGUUUAUGAAAGCAUUACUGUCAUGACAGACAACUAGAAAUUGGGUCCACAGGAAGGCAGGUCUUCUAUCCUGUUGGGAUUCUGUGGAUUGAAAUAGAUGGGAGUGUGUCAGUCAGGUCCUUCUCUGAAAGGCCUUUGCUAUUUGAUAAAUAGCAGUGAUGAAGUCAGAUCAAAUGAUGGAAGCAUUGUUAAGGUCCAGAGAUACAACUGAACUCAGUGCAGAUUAGAGCUAUGGUUGCUGCCUCUGGGUGGAGUUAGAGUUUGAAUGCGGGCAUACAGGCAGAAAGACUUGUAGAUACGGAAAACCAGGUAGAAAUUCUGAUAUGUAACAGGGAAAUUCCAAGAAUUUGUGUACUAUGUAGUAAUUUUUAAAUGUUGUCCUAAUCUUUAUUUUUCCAAACCCCAACACUCUGUUUUUUAACAUAACUGGUUUAAUAUUACGGCCAAAUGCACAUAAAAUGUUUACAUUUGAGGGUGAAUCUUGUGGUUUUGUUCAUGUUCAAAUAUGCAAUAAAAAUUAAACUAUUCAUAACA